CUGGCGUCAGUGGCAAAACUUGUCCGGGAAAAAGAAGAUAAAGAAGCAGGAGCGCCUGAAAAGCUGAAGCCGAACAGAAAGAACAACGAAAGAGAGAUGCAUCGGCAAAGCCCAGAGCUGGCCAAAAACGAAAAAAGUCAGAAGAAGAAAAGCAGGCCCUAAAAAUGCAAAGAACGUUGGGGAGACAAGAAAGAAAGUCCAAAAACCGUAAUGUAUACUAUUCGAAACGCUGUCCAACAUGCGUCGCGGCUCGAAGGUACGAAGACCAGGAACCCCACUCAGACAGAAGAUCCCAUCAGUGCCCGGACCACCGUGUGUCGCCUAAGGAGCGACUAAACAUGUUACUUGGAAGAGAUCGGACAAUUUUCGUCAAGAAGAUCGGGCUUGCGAGCUUUUUGAGCUUGGAGGAACCAGCCAAGCAACGACUACAAGACCAGAUUAAUAUUUUGGUGAAUUACUGGCGCGCAGCAGCUAUUAAAUCCCAAGCUUUUGCAGCGUAUUACAUCUUGGAUUUGCUUGACGCCCAUCGCGAACUCCCUUUAAUCAUUUUUUCGCAAGAUUUCUUUUAUGCAUGUAUCCAGCUCGUCCAUGGCGACACGAUCACCAGCAGCAACAGCAAGUUACCCCGCGAAAGCAUGAUCCGAUGCUACCAAGAGUACACUGAACACUGCCGUGCAUCGCUGUUGACGAACGUACCCGCACACAAACACGCAUUGGCUUAUUUGGCGGAACAAUCGGCGACCAUCUUGGUGAAUUCCAUCACUGAAAAUUUUGAGCAUCGAACUAUCCACUUUUUUUGCCUUAAAUUGCAAAAUGCUGCUCAAGAUCUCACAAAGAAGAACGCUGAAACAACUGCGUGCUAUAUUUAUGACUCAAUGAAUGAUCCAACCAGCCCGCCAGAAUGGCCGUCAUCCAUUGAUCGCUCUGACUUGUUCAAUUCCGCCAUGGACGAUUUGCGCCAACUUUUUGCGAACGUUCCCAAGCCGAUCAAUAGCAGACCGACAGUGCCGAUGUUGUACGAACGGAAGCUACCAACGGGUGGGCGCGAAUGCUGAUCCAGUCGCUCGCUGAAUUUCCUGUUCUCCCGCGCCAUUACCGUUCGCGUUUGGUACGCCAAAUCAUUACAAAAAUUAACAGCACUGAAGAAGCUCCGCCAUUGAUU